UCCUGCCAAGGAAGGUCACAGGCUUCUCUCUCUCUCUGUGACUCUCUCUCAUUGUCUUCGUCAUCCAUUAACAGUUGCCAUCUUUUAAACUCCGAGCCUCCUCUCCCUCCUAAUUACAACUUAAAUAAUCUCUUCACCUCACUCAACACACACACACACACACACUCUCUACUCUCUCUAUCUCUCCCUCACCCAACUCGCUCAUCAUACUCAUUGCUCACUCACUUCUUCCCCUGCAAAUCUCAAUUUGGGAAUUCUGGGUUUGAAUGAAUUUCGGUUCUUCCUAUGGAUCCUCCACUCAUCAACGAGUCUACAUUCUCCCACGCUAACCCUUCUGCGUAUAGUCUCACCGAGAUUUGGCCUUUCCCUGGGGACCACUCUGCCGGACCUGGAUUGGGUCUCCGAAUGCCCCAUCUGCCUCACAACUUGGCCUCCUUUUCCAAUAAUUCCCUCCAUCGAGAUGGCUCAGCCGAGGAGUCCACCGUCACGGAGCAGAGCGUCGGCGGCGGAGGGAAUCACAGGAAGAGGAAAGAUGCCACCUCUGAGGACGAGUCCUCAAAGAUGGUUUCCAUGAUUAGUGCCAAUGAUUUGAAUGAUCCUGGCAAUAAACGGAUAAAAUUAGGAGCAUCCAAGGAUGAAAAUGGUAGUCUGAAGGCUGAGGCAGACGCAAGUUCAGUAGCUGGUAGCAAGUCAGGUGAGCAGGGUACUAAACCUCCUGAGCCACCUAAGCCAGACUAUAUACACGUGAGAGCAAGAAGAGGCCAAGCUACUGAUAGCCACAGUCUUGCAGAAAGAGCAAGAAGGGAAAAGAUCAGCGAGAGGAUGAAAAUUCUACAAGAUUUGGUCCCUGGAUGUAACAAGGUAAUUGGUAAAGCACUUGUCCUGGAUGAGAUAAUCAAUUAUAUUCAAUCACUGCAGCGGCAGGUUGAGUUUCUUUCGAUGAAGCUUGAAGCAGUUAAUUCAAGAAUGACCACAAGCCCCACUAUUGAAGGGUUCCCUUCAAAGGAUCUUGGUGCUCAGACACUUGACGUUGCUGGAAUGAUAUUGGGAUCACAAGCAGGCAGGACGUAUGCUCAGGGAACACAACUCGGAUGGCUGCAAAUGCAGAUAGGUGGCGGUUUCGAGAGAGCAACAUAGUUCAAGGGGAUCGGUUGCUUAGUAUAUGUUCAAUUAACAACUUAGUCAAUUGGUAUAGAAUGUCUUUGGUCUGUGUGUCCCCUGUUAUAAUAUGGUAUCAUUAAGUAGGAAGUGCUUGUAAUCUCAUUGUGCAUCUUCUGACAGAGCACACUGUGCUUCACUCUAUUUGCCAUCAGCAACAAUCUUAGUGUGGUUUUCGUUUUAAAACUCUGUUAUUAUAGGAUCCCUUUCACCUGAUUUGUUUUCUUUGUGGCGCAAUUGGGUAUUUAUUAGCAGCUCUUGUAUUUGUGUCUUUCGAGUGGAAACUAAUAUAGACACUACGAGUUAGUGAAUUGUUGUAAUUGGCAGAGACGGACUGUGAGAAAGCUAAUUUGUCUUAAAAAA